UUCAAAUCUUCGUGACGUUUCACACAAAAAUAUAGUUUCACAAAAAAUAUUUUAGUUGCUCAGUCUUUUGGAGGAAGAGGAAAUCCUAACGGUACCGAGAGGUUCGUGAGAGUCAAUAAAGUUGUACAAUAUAUGUUAUCAGGGUUUAUGUGGAGACGAGCGAGGGGCGGUUAAGAAACAGAGUCCCUGUAGUCGCCAUUUUGGCGCCACAUUUCUUGUACUUAUUGCGCGAGUCUGCUUCAUCGGCUGAGCCACAAUGGCGCCGUUUUCACCAUAUCCGCAAAGAACGCUGCUUACUGCAUAAGACACACCACAUAACGCCUUGGCUGCUUCCCUGCAGACAAGCCCUGUUUCUAUGACAGGCAAGUGAAGACAGCAAAUCAAGUUUAGAAAAUAAGACGAAUGGGGCGAGAACUUUAAACCAACCAGCCAAUUGGAAAAAAAGCAUAGGGACGGGAUCUUCAUUAUAUCACCAACUGGUUUGUUUGACAGACGCUUUGACCAAAUAGUUAAGGUAUUUUGACAACCCAACAACCAAUCCAAACAGAAUAAAGGCAGACCGGCAUUAAAUAACGACAGUCAGUUGGAAUAACCAAUCAGUAAUCGACCCCGUGUUUGCUUCUGACCACUGAGCAGAGAGAACGAGUAGAGCCCGCCCUCCCUCCCUGUCUGUCAGGACAGACAGUGGAGUCGAGGAGGGAGAACUGGAGCCGUUCAAUGGAGGAAAGAACGUCAUCUGCUUCUAAUAUUUAAUUCAACUUUUUCUUUUUCUUUCUCAUGACUUAUUUUUUGUUUUGUUACUUUAAACGGCCCAGGCAUAUAAAUUAAACCGUCAGAUCGUAUAGUCCAAGCGAUUUAGCCACCAAAAUGUGUAAAACCCUAGACCGCCAGAGCAGAGAACCAUUGAAAGGGGAAUUAUUUGUGUGAAAUGCAAUCUUGAUUGAAUACAAAGUAAAUAAUAAUAAUAAAAAAAGAUAGAGUGAAAAAGGCACACAUUACCGUCCAGAAAACACAGUCUCCGGGCAACCACCAGCUUGUCUUGGAGGUGCCGUUUCCUUGUGAAAACGAGAAGCAUUGAAUCAUGGGGGCGUUUUUGGACAAGCCGAAGACAGAGAAGCACACAGGCCACGGCUCUGGGAAUGGGCUGCGCUUCGGGCUGAGCAGCAUGCAGGGCUGGCGCGUGGAGAUGGAGGAUGCCCACACGGCAGUGCUGGGGGUCCCGCAUGGCCUGGACAACUGGUCCUUCUUCGCUGUCUACGACGGGCAUGCCGGCUCCCGGGUCGCCAACUACUGCUCCAAGCACCUCCUGGAACACAUCACGGGCAGCGAAGACUUCUGGGGCACGGAAAAGCCGGGCACUGCACUGGAGCCCACGGUGGAAGGCGUCAAGAGUGGCAUCAGAACUGGCUUUUUGAAAAUCGACGAGUACAUGCGCAACUUCUCGGACCUGCGCAACGGCAUGGACCGCAGCGGCUCGACGGCGGUGGCCGUGCUCCUCUCUCCGGAGCACCUGUACUUUAUCAACUGCGGAGACUCGCGGGCCGUGCUGUACCGCAACUCGCAGGUCUGCUUCUCCACGCAGGACCACAAGCCCUGCAACCCCCGCGAGAAGGAGCGCAUCCAGAACGCGGGCGGCAGCGUGAUGAUCCAGCGGGUUAACGGCUCGCUGGCUGUGUCGCGCGCCCUCGGGGACUACGACUACAAGUGUGUGGACGGCAAGGGCCCCACGGAGCAGCUGGUGUCCCCCGAGCCCGAGGUGUACGAGAUUCCCAGGUGCGAGGAGGACGAGUUUGUGGUGCUGGCCUGCGACGGGAUCUGGGAUGUCAUGAGCAACGAGGAGCUCUGCGAGUUCGUCAAGUCCAGACUGGAGAUCACGGACGACCUGGAGAAAGUGUGCAACUCUGUCGUGGACACCUGCUUACACAAGGGAAGUCGUGAUAACAUGAGUGUGGUGAUAGUUUGUUUCCUGAACGCUCCCAAGGUUUCAGAGGAGGCAGUGAAGAAGGAUACUGAGCUGGAUAAGUACUUGGAGUCACGUGUGGAAGAAAUCAUUGAGAAGUCUGGCGAGGAGGGCAUUCCGGACCUGGUUCAUGUAAUGCGCAACUUGUCUGUGGAGAUCAUCCCAAACCUGCCCCCAGGAGGAGGCCUGGCCAGCAAGCGCAGUGUAAUUGAAGCCGUGUACAGCAGGCUGAACCCACACCGGGAUGAGGAUGGGAGUGCCGGAGAUUUGGAAGACCCAUGGUAGUCUAGGGAGAUGGAAUUCAAAUAUAAUGUUCUGAAUGAAUUAACGCAGAAGAAAUCUUUAUUUACAUGUUUUCUUCAAUACCAAGGAGAAAACCCAAAGGAUGGUUAACAUUAGGUGAGACGGAUGGACAGAAAGACAGAAAAGCAUAUAGUUAGGACAAAAAAAAGUUUUUACACCAGUUUUGUUCGUUUUUGUGUUUUAAGAAUUAAAUAAAUAAAUAAAUAAAACAAACAUCGCCACUCAGCAUUUGCCUGUACUAUAUCCAGUAUUCAUUGCACACCCUGAACUUUACUAAAUGUCAUCUGCUACCCGGCUGUUGGAUGACAGUACCAUGCGGUCGGGCAGGUGAGACUCACAGUAAGCCAGGGUGCCAGGGACUCCAGUUCCACUGGGCAGACACAAGCAUUCUCCUGUCACAGGACACACACAUGUCAAAUCUCAAAGGGGCAUCACUUCUGUAGGGUUUAAAAGUUGAGGGCGUUUGCCCCGUUGUUUUUCCUGGCUCGGAGAGAACUUGCAUUUCACUCAAUCCCUGUGCAUCCUCUCGGCACUUUUUUUUUUUUUUUUUUUUUUCCCCUUGUUUAAUUUUUAUUUUUUUUCCCUUCAGUGUUAGAUGUUGCCUAGCUACCGCUUGCUUUUGAGUAAUUAUUGCAUCUGGCAAUAAAGCAACAAAAUAAAAUGACAUGUGCAUGUGCACAGUAGAGGUUGUAUAGCUCUCUGCAGUACCUUCGGGACAAACUUAAUAGGUUCAUUUAUGCUCACCAUAAUGUCAAAUGUAAUUUACUCACUGUCUGUCCCUCUCAUACUCUCCUUCUAUUCCUACUUUCUCUCUCUCUCAACCCCCUCCCUCUUCCUCUCUAUCUCUCUCCCCCCGUCUCUGAUGCAGAAGUUGGUUCUUGCAGUAAACUUGCUUUUUUCUUAUAAUAUUGUAAAUUGUGGUUCGUUUUUGUUUUCCAUGUGGAUUUUCUAUAUGAUAACUUCAUCAUUUUAGUUUGUUUUAUUAUAAUUACACCAUUUUUGUUUUUGCUUCAAGAUGAAGAGUCUUGUGUAAUAUGGGUAUUGUUUGAAUUGCAUUUAUAACAAACGCCAAAAAUAUAUAUAUAUAGCAAAAAGCUAUGGGAUUACGUACUGUGUAUAGAGCUGAAAAAUACUGCAACAGAAAACCCCAGAAAACAUCAGUUUGUUUUCAGUGGUUCUGUGACUCUUUUUGUUUAUUCUGUAAAGGAUGUGGUACAAGAAUAGUUGCUAUAUGAUGUAAGGUACUUGAAGAUUCCUAGUUUGAUUCUAUUUUUGCAAUAACCUUGCUUUUAUUGAAUGAUUUUGAGAUGUGCAUGUACUGAGUCCAGGUAAUGGUGAUAAUGAUGAUUUGAGGGAAAGGGAAAAUAUGUAUCGAAGACACAGACGCUGGGGCUAAGGAGAACAAUGAAUGUAUUAAUCUGUACACAAUAACAUAGACGAUGCUGGGGAUGCCUUGUGAAGAUUUCUUUCUCGUUUAAUCUGUUAUUUCAUUAUGAUGUUAAUCGCCCUUGUGUGUAGUUUAAGCUGAGUGUCUUUUAAUUGGAUUGUAUGAAAUGGAGUUCAUUGUCUUGAUUCUUUUUUCUUCUUUUUUUUUUUAUUGUUGCUCCCCCCAUUUUUGCUCCUCCUUAGGUAUGUGUGCUAGAACGCUGCCUGUAUUAAAGUUUAAAAAGUCAUACUUUUUGUGCAUACUGGUGCCUAGUCACCUUCCCCAAGAUUUUUUUUUUGUGUAUCUAUAAUUAUUGGUAUAUAAUAUAAUUAUUGCCACAAUAUAUUUUAUUUAUUCAUAGAUUUUAGCCUUGUAAAUGACAAAUGUUCGAAAAAAAAAAUAAUAAAAAUAAUAAUAAUAAUGUUAGCAGGUGUAUUCUGUGUCCUGUGAUGGGGACUUAUCUGGGUUGUAGGGUAGGGGGAUGGAGAGUACACAAGUGGAUUGGAGCUGUUCACCGACUGUCCGCUUGAGUCCUUUCUUGUACUGAUAGUUCCCAGUAUGAUAUUGUGAUGUUUCAUCCGAUACAGUGGACAUAACCACCUUGUUAUCUUCAAUAAAGGAUUGCUAAAGA